ACGCGGAGCACACACCCCCAGGCACAGCCCACAGCUCCUGUGGGGAGGCGCCCGGUAGAACAGACCCAGGCUCCUCCCGGCUGUGGUGUGGCAGGAAAGCAGGAGAUGACAGCCCGGUGUUGACACAGAAGAGACUGGGCAUAAGAAAGCCCCGUGAGACCGGCCGGUUGUGCAGACCUGGACCUUGGGGCUCGGGACCCGGAGGGACUCAUCCCUGGGCCCCCAGGCCCGACUGUACGGCCAGCAGCGGCCAAGCCGGGGGCGCAGCAGACCCCGGGACACCGUCCUGCCAUUGCUACCGUCGGGACCGAGCUGCUGGAUCCUGCGCUUGGAUCGCAGCCACGCCAUGCAGUGCUGCGGGCUUGGGGAGGAGUGACCUGGGAGCUGUUCGGCGGAGAAGGAUCGGGGGGGAUGGCUGACAGCCGUAGGAGCGAGCUGUGCCCAAGUGGCAAAGAGUGCCAGUGGCACCUUGGCCUGUAUCAGGAACAGUGUGGCCAGCACGACCAGGGCAGUGGUGGUCCCUCUGUGCUUUGCAGUGGUGAGGCCGCACCUCCAGUGCUGUGAUCAGUUUCUAGGCCCCUCAGUUUAAAAAGAAUAUUGGUGUCCUGGAGCGUGUCCAGAGAAGGGAAACAGGGCUCUAGAAAACUUGUCUUAACCUCAGCCUCAGGAACGGCUGAGGAGCUGGGGUUGUUUAGUCUCGAGGAGGGUCGGAGGGACCUCACUGCUCUCUACAGCUGCCUGAAAGGAGGUUUUGGGAGUCUGUCUCUGCUGACUUGCCUACUGUGACAGGACUAGCGGGAAUGCCCCUAAAGAGUGAUACAGGAGACGUCCAGGUUAGACAUUAGAAAAAUCUUUUUCACCGCUAGGGCGGUCAAGGGCUGGAAUGGAUUUGCCAGGUGGUGGAGUCGCCAUCCCUGGAAGUGUUCAGGAAGCGCCCGAAAGCAGGGCUGGGUAACGUGGUUUAGGGGGGCUCGGCGAUCCCACGCAGGCGGCGCUGUGACGGGCGGGCGGCGGUAGCGCGCCUGCGCCGGCGGGAGAGCGGCCGCUUCCUGCGCGGGCCGGCAUGGCGGCAGCGUUCCUCAUGGAGAUCAGGCGGGGGACGCAGAGCGCGCUGCUGGUUGUCCGCGCGGCGGCGGAGCUCUCCGGCGCGCCGGUGGAGGUGUCGGUGUGCGCGGAUUCCCUGGAAGUGAGGAGCGGCGGGAACUGCGAUGCGGCGGCGCUGCCGGCAGGGGUCAGCUUGGCGCCGUCCUCGUGCCGCGGGCUCCGGCGCCUGCGCGGGGACGGGCUGCACCUGCGCAUGCGCCUGCGCGGCCCGCCUCCCGCCGCCGAUGUGGUUUUUACCUUGAGGGAAAGCCUGAAACCCAACAAGAAUUACAUCUUUUACUGUCAGUCCUGUGGUGACAUCGUAGUGAACGACCGGAAAUUUCUCAGAGUUCUUCCUCUACCAAGUGAAAACUGGAGUGAUUUAGUUGAAGAGUGGUGUUGUCACCCCGACCCCUUUGCCAAAAGAACUUUGCACCCUCAGCAUGGUGACUGUUUUGUUGGAGACACUUUUCUUCUGUUGAAUUCAAGAAAUGAAUCACAUGUGCCUGAAUCUCCUGUGUGCUGCUCAGAGGCUGCACACCAUGUUUCACAGAGUGACUCCAACGUGAAGUCAAAAGAAAAUACCAGAAUAAUUUGUAAGCGCUGCAAGACAAUGCUGGGAGAAACAGUUUCAUCAGGUACCAUUAAAUAUUAUGUCACUGAGGUGGUUAUUCAAUCAGCUGACGGAGGUUUCAGUCCAACACCAAGGUCUCAGUUUGUACAGAGCAUUGUUGCUCAGUGUCUUUUGGAAUUAUCCUCUGCAAAAAGCACAUUUCGAUUCACCAUAAAAGGAGAUAAUGGAAAAACCUAUAUUCUGAUCUGGCUUUUAAAUUCUGACACAUUACUGGUAGAGUCUUCAGGAAGUUCCUCCUCCCACAGUGAUUUUACACUGUUUGGAGAUAUCCUUACACCCAGCUCUGGACCAGUGGGAUCCUGGAAUGCUCUCAAAGUCCUUUACCAGCCAUGCAUUCAAUGCAGAAAUAAGGAGCUUUCUGAUGCGUGGGAAGAUGAUAUGGGAGUUCAUCCUUUAAAGUUUCCAUCAGAAACGUGUUUGGAAUUAUUGUUGAUACUAGGUCUGAGUACCACAUCUCUGCCACCUUCACUUCGAUGCAUGAACUCUUUUCAGGUUGCCUUUUUGAAGAUGUGAAGAACAAAGAUACCUGUGUUGAAAACUGUUGUUAGAUUUAUUUUCAGGAGAAAAGUGUACAGAUAACUUCCAAUAGUGGGACUUUUAGAAGAAAAUCCCCUGGCAAUACAAAAGAAAAUGGGUGUAUUUUUCAUAUCUGAAUGUGUUUCAAAACCAAAGACUUGACUUUUGUAUCCAGUGCAUUCUUAGAUGUCAUUGGAAGAGUGACUUACCUGUCACUCCUGUGACAUCCAGCUGGGGUGACUGUUAUCAUGUCUUCACUGCUAAAAGGAAAUUCCCUGUGUAUCUUGUACUACCUUUACCAGUGUUUGAUAGCAAUGUAUAUAUCCUUAGGAAAGUUCACAACUGGUAGCAAAUGUUUUAAAAUGUCAUGGAUACUAAUGUGAGUUCUUUACCUUCUUUGUUCUGGUGAAGUUAGAAGUCCAACUUUAAAAUAUAAAAUCUGGUUUUUGUAAAACUUGCAUGUUUAUCAUGUAUAUUGUUUCUGCAUUAAAGUUUGCCUCUCUGCUUGAGAGUGAAGGAAGACAGUUUCUGCGUACAUCAUAUGAUGUAUGUUUUGAAGAAUCAAGGUUUUAUGGUUAUUUGGAAUAAUAAUUAUUAUUAUUAUUUCAAGGAGAGUUAACAUACCCUUUACUCAUUAAAUGAUCCUGACAUAGGAAGUGAUCCUACAAAGUGUUGGACACCUUGAUUUUAUACAUCCAAAGACAAGGAGCUGAGGCCUCACAGCACCACUCUGGAUAUAAUUUCUCAGUUAUUAUUUUCAUUUUCAGUAUUGAAGGAAGAACAAAAUUAUUCUGACUUUUGUAUUCAGGGACUAAAUUAUCUAGCUCCAAGAUAUUUUGUCUAUGCACCAAUGUUGAGUCAUUUUAUGAAUAAAAUAUUUUUUCUAAAUUGGUUUGCCAUUUGUUCUGCUUAAUUUCUGUGACAGCUUCAGCUUC